AUGAACUCCACAGAUCUGUACAACACAGUAUUGCGCCAAAUCUUCGACGCGCUCUGUCGAUCUCAUCCACCGGCGUUCGGCGUCGACAGCGUCAAGUUCAGCAAGUUGCUGUACGAGGCCAAGAUCCAGCCCAAUCUGCUCCCAAUCGGAGACGCCGCCUUCCUCUUCGCUAGUAACCUCCCGCCCGGAAUUACAUACGAAAUGGGUUUCGGUGGCUUCGUUCGCGCGGUGGAAUGGCUCGCUCAGCAAUUCUACAGUGAAAAGAGCCCCAAGGCGAAGAGAAAUAGUCCGAGUAAGACACUCCCUGGGGUCCAGCACGCCAUGAUGAAGUGGCAAUUGUCACGACGUGCGGAGAACGAUGCGCGUGAUCACUUGUUGGCUCCACUACGACGAUUUUGCUACGAAACUCUGGUGCAUCUCCCCAGUUUAUCGUCCACUUGGCACGACAUCAUGGACUCUUGGAGAUUGGCUCGUAAGCAGCAGUGCAUGCAGGAAUACGCACUGAAGUACUGUGCAGCAACACGAUUGCGAGCGAGUUGGGUGGGCUUCGUUACUUGGAGGAUAUUUCUGCUGAGGCGGCAGCGAAUGAGGGAGGAGCGUCUGGCAGCUACCAAGCUCCAGAGCGUUGCUCGAGGCAGGAAAUGGUACGUGGAGUAUCAGCGCAUACGACGCAUCGUCACAAGGACGCAGCUUCGGAUCCACGCUCGGUCGGAGCUGCGUCGCCUUCGAGCAGAACGCGCGGCCUUUAUCGAGCGCAUGAGACUUCGCAUGGUGCGGUGGAUGCGCCACCAUCUCUGGCUUCUGCGCCAGUGGAAGAGGUUGAACGCA